GCAGCUGAACUGGGAAUGGCGUCUGCCUAUUACACGUAUAUCUUCACUAAUCUGGAGUUUUCCCUCCAGCGCCUGGACAACCUGCUGGAUGACAGAGUCAACAUCUUGGGAUUUUCCAUUUUCAACCAGUCUCAUGCUUUCUUCCAAGAGUUUGUCCAGAGCCUCAACCAGUCCUGGCAGGAGAACUGUGAUCACGCUCCGUUCACUGGACCAGCACUCUCCUCUGCCCUGCUCUUCGACGCCGUGUACGCUGUGGUUCUGAACCGCAGCCAGGAGAUCGGGGUGAAGCCCCUGUCCUGUGGCUCUGCCCAGAUCUGGCAGCACGGCACCAGCCUGAUGAACUACCUGAGAAUGGUAGAAUUGGAAGGUCUCACCGGGCACAUCGAAUUCAACAGCAAAGGCCAGAGGUCCAACUAUGCCCUGAAGAUCCUGCAGCACACCCGUGGGGGGUUCCGGCAGAUCGGCCACUGGCACGUCACUGAAGGCCUCAGCAUGGACAACAGGAUCUUCUCCUCCAACAUAUCAGACAGUCUGUUCAACACCACGCUCAUUGUCACCACCAUCCUGGAAAACCCUUACUUAAUGCUGAAGUGGAACCAUCAGGAGCUGGAAGGGAACGACCGCUACGAGGGCUUCUGCGUGGACAUGCUGAAGGAGCUGGCGGAGAUCCUGCGCUUCAACUAUAAGAUCCACCUGGUUGGGGAUGGGGUGUAUGGAGUCCCCGAGGCAAAUGGCACCUGGACAGGGAUGGUCGGGGAGCUGAUUGCUCGGAAGGCGGAUUUGGCCGUGGCGGGGCUGACGAUCACCGCCGAGAGGGGGGAGGGGAUUGGUUUUUCCUAGCUGACGAUCACCGCCGAGAGGGAGAAGGUGAUUGAUUUCUCCAAGCCAUUCAUGACUCUGGGAAUUAGCAUCCUCUACCGAGUUCAUAUGGGUCGGAAACCUGGCUACUUCUCCUUCCUGGAUCCCUUUUCCCCUGGUGUCUGGCUCUUCAUGCUCCUCGCCUACCUGGCUGUCAGCUGCGUUCUCUUCUUGGUGGCUCGAUUGACGCCUUACGAGUGGUACAGCCCCCACCCCUGCUCCCAAGGCAGAUGCAAUCUGCUGGUGAAUCAGUACUCCCUGGGCAACAGCUUGUGGUUUCCAGUCGGGGGAUUCAUGCAGCAAGGCUCCACCAUUGCCCCCCAAGCAUUAUCCACACGCUGUGUCAGUGGAGUCUGGUGGGCGUUCACCUUGAUCAUCAUCUCCUCCUACACGGCCAACCUGGCAGCCUUCCUCACCGUGCAGCGCAUGGACGUGCCCAUCGAGUCCGUGGAUGACCUGGCCGACCAGACAGCCAUCGAAUACGGCACCAUCCACGGGGGCUCCAGCAUGACCUUCUUCCAAAACUCCCGCUACCAGACGUACCAGCGGAUGUGGAACUACAUGUACUCCAAGCAGCCCAGCGUGUUCGUGAAGAGCACGGAGGAGGGGAUCGCCCGCGUGCUGAACUCCAAUUACGCCUUCCUGCUGGAGUCCACCAUGAACGAGUAUUAUCGGCAGCGCAAUUGCAACCUCACGCAGGUCGGGGGCCUUCUGGACACCAAGGGCUACGGGAUUGGCAUGCCCGUCGGCUCUGUGUUUCGUGACGAGUUUGACCUGGCCAUUCUCCAGCUGCAAGAGAACAACAGGCUGGAGAUCUUGAAGAGGAAGUGGUGGGAAGGAGGCAAGUGCCCCAAAGAGGAGGACCACAGAGCCAAAGGCCUGGGAAUGGAGAAUAUUGGUGGAAUCUUCGUGGUUCUCAUCUGUGGCUUAAUCGUAGCGAUUUUUAUGGCGAUGCUGGAAUUUUUGUGGAGCCUUCGACACUCUGAACAGUCAGAGGUGUCGGUGUGCCAAGAGAUGGUGACGGAGCUGCGCAACAUCAUCCUCUGCAAGGACAGUUUCCACCCUCACCGGCGGCGGGGGGGCCCGGCCAG